AAAGGAUUGCAUUCAGCCAGCAUCUCUGUACCAUUUUCGUUUUCUUGGGAAGAUUCAUUGCGGUUUAUUAAAGUGAAAGCAGAGAGACCCAAUGAUGCAGAGAACGAAGAACUCGCCUCUGAUUUUGCAAUCAGCUUUGUUGUUUUUGUUGUUGUUCAUCCUUGUUUCCAAAUCCAAUGUUUGUGCGCAGGCGCUUCCACCUGCAAAACUUGAUGGGUUCGUGUACGGAAGACACCGAGUCAACUGGGAUGCGAUUCUGAUCGAAGCGUUCGUCGACCCAGUUUGCCCUGAUAGCAGGGACGCAUGGCCACCUCUCAAACAAGCUCUAGAGCACUAUGGCUCUCGUGUUGCUCUUGUCGUUCACCUAUUGCCUUUACCUUACCAUGACUAUGCUUUCGCUUCUUCACGUGCUAUACACAUCGUGAACAAUCUUAAUAGUUCAGCUACAUUCGAAAUAUUGGAGUGGUUCUUCAAGCAUCAGGAGAAGUUUUACAAUGCUCAAACUCUCAACUUGUCUAAGGCCUCUGUUAUCGAUGAAAUUGUGAAAUCUGUAGCUGAAGUAGUUGGUAAAUCCUAUUAUGGUGCUGUGCGAUCUGGCUUCAAUGAUCGGAAUACCGAUCUCAAAACAAGGGUUUCCUUCAAGUACAGUGCUUUGAGAGGGGUGUAUGGUACACCAACUUUCUUCCUUAAUGGAUUUGUAUUGCCUGAUGCUGGCUCUGCAUUAGAUUUUGCUGACUGGAAAACCAUCAUUGAUCCACUGAUUGGUAGAAAGGGUCCCAAAAGGGAGGACAACGUGCAUUUUUUCUUAUGAAAGACUUGCUAUUUAACUUUGCAACACCUUGGCUCUUUGUACUCUGCUUGACGUGCAUGGUUUGUCGAAAGAAUAAGCACGAUAUUUGUAGGGGGGUCACUUAUACAUAUAUUCAGUUUGUGAGCAUGGAAUAAAAUGUUUUGUAAUGUAGGAGAAGUAUGUAUGUUUGUUUACCGAUGCAUUGGUAUCUCCUUUAAUUAAAGCUCACAAAAGUAUUUGUAAUAUCUUGCAGGCACCUACCAAAAACGCCCACCAAAUAUAACUAGAAGGAAACCUGUUUUUGGGAAACCGUUUUAACUUGUUUUGCAAGAUGACAAGAGCUUGGUGCAAUUUUCCAGUUUACUUUUUUUAUUUUUUUAUUUUUUUAGUUUCAAAGCUAAAUUUACUAGUAUACCGAAGAGAAAGCUAUAUGGAAAUAGUAAAACGAGAGGUAAAACUUAAAGAAGAAAAGUAAAAUAGUAUUAUUUUGAUAAUGGUGAAGUAAUCAAAUAUAUAAGAAAACUAGAGAUUUAAACUUUAAAACUGAAAACCUACUAUGGAAAGUGAGUCCGUAAGGUUCUAAAGAGGUCAAAUCCAUACUUAAGAAAAACUUAUGUCCUAUCAUACGGGUUGGGAAAAAAAAAAAAAAAAACAAUAAUAAAAAAAGAGAAGUAUACUAAAAGAAGCCAAUUUUUCAUGGAGCAACGAAGGGUUUGAUGCAAUAGCAUUUUCACUCGUGUAGUUCUCUCUGCAUUUAGUGGACUGGACAUAUUCUAAAAUCUGAAGCAUACGCAGGCAUCAUGUUAAGAUCAUUAUGUCAUGGUUUACUUAAUUAGCUAUCAGCUCUGAGUUUGAAUACCCUUGGAUAGCUCUGGCAUUGGUCUUUUUCUGAUUCAUAUAUGAUGGGGAAAUUUGACCAGCUACACCAUGCUGAGCACCCACUUGUGUGUUUCUGUUCUCAGUGCAAUUGUGAAAUCUGUAGCAGAAGUAGUUGGGAACUCCUAUUUUACUGCCGUUGAAUCUUAGCUUCAACAUUCAGAAAAAUGAUCGGUUUCCUUCAAGGUUUGCAGAUAAUUUUAUUUAAAACAUAACAUAUGCUACAAAGAAAACCCUUUUAUGUGAGAUUGCAUGAGCAUGAAAUAUUCCAACGUUCUUUUAUUUCUUUCAUUCUAUUCUAUUUAUCAUAUUUCCUGAUUAUGUUUUAUACCGAAUGUUUUCUGUCUUACAGUAUAGUGAUUUGAGAGUAUGGAACCUUUCUUCCUUAAUGGUUUAUGUUGCCUCCUUAAUAGAUUGCAAUAGAAUUCCUGCUUGGAAAACCUUCAUGGAUCCAAUAAUUGGUAAAAGGGGUCCCAAGAUCGAGGACAAUCUAUGUUUUUGCUUGUGUAGGAUUUGCUAUUUAACUUUGUAACACCUUGGUCUUUGUGCUAUGCUUGACGUGCAUGGUUUGUGAGAGCACCGUGCUGGUAGGGGGGAGCCAUGUGUAUAUUUUGUUUGUGAGCAUGGAAUAAAUGUUUUGUAAUGUGUGGGAUGGAGUAUUUAUUUUUGCGGUUUACCGAUGCAUUUGUAUCUCUUUUAGUUAAACUUGUUACAAGUAUUUGUAAUAUCUUGCAGGCACCCUCUUCCAAUCACUACGAUAAUCUAAAUUAGAGGUUGCAGUUGGUACGUAACUCGGGAUUGGAUUUUGGGUUGUUUAAUUUAUACACUUUUAACGGGAACGGACUCUCAUCUACCAAAAACGCCCAUCAAAAGUAGGUAGAAUACUGUUUUCAGUAUCAUCUGUUGGGAAACCGUAUUAAAUUUGGUCCGCAAGAUAAACAAAAACAUCGCAAUUUACUACUUUACUGAAAUAGACACCUUAUACGCUCAAAUAAUCUUUAUACACUUUGGAUUAAUAAAAGCCUGUUUGGAAAUUAGUAGAAAGAAGGGGAAAAGAGAUUAUUAAAUUUCUGGAUAUAUACAUAUCAAAACAUUUUUUUAAUAAACAUUAUAUAUUAAAACAUCGAACAUAAAUAUAUAAUUAUGAAAAUUGUAAAUUAUUGAAACAGACUAUAAAGUAAAAAACAUUUUCAUUGAUUGGUAAAAAUAUCAUGAUUUUGAUUGUGAAUAACAUUAUUUAUAUAAAUGAAGAAUUAGAAUGUAGAAAUUAAACUUUACUAUUGGAUUAUAAAUGAGUUUCCUCCAGAAUUUUCAGGAAAAAUAUAACAAAUUGACAAAAGAAGAUGGUAUUGACUUCGUGGCCAAGGGAUUGGGCCAAGCUAUAAUUAGUCGGAGGCCCAACUUAGGAAACACAACAACAAGAAAUCGGGUGAUGUAACCGUGUGGACACUUGGACAGGUUCAGGUUAAUGGAGGUGGUUAGGGUAGUUUUGGAAGAGUGUGGCGGUAUAUAAGGCAAGAGACAUCACAGUAAGCGAAUUAGGGCGUAAAAGAAGAAACGAAGCCGUAGAAGAGGGCUCUAUCUGUGCGGAGCGUAAACUUAUCCUUUGGAAUCCCACGAUGGAUCGGUACCAGAGGGUGGAGAAGCCAAGAGCAGAGACACCUAUCGAUGAGAACGAGAUUAGGAUCACAAGUCAGGGGAGGAUGCGCAACUAUAUCACUUAUGCCAUGAGCCUACUUCAGG